AUGAGCAAACCUCAUCGACGGAAACUCGCCGACAUGUACAACUGGAUGAAAAGGUCGACGCUCGGAAACAUAUCCAUCACCAGCUACGACCGGGACAUCUUCAAGAACCAGGAUGAAGACCCUCUUGUCUCGCUGGACCCUUCCGAGUCUGACACCUUCACCUCGUGGGUUCAAGACCAUCUGAUGCAGAUCUACCACCGGUUCGGGGGCCGAUAUCUUGCCAUCCGUCUUACCGCCCUCCCACCUCGCCGCCCAACCCCAAACACAUCUCCGCACCUCCGCGGCACUGUCACUUACUCGGAGCCAGUCAUCAAACAGGUCACCAGGCUUGUCACCGUCACGGUCGCAUGCGCAGUGCCCAUAGGGGCGAUUUUCGCUCUGCACUUCGUCGUCGACACGACUGCCAGACUGGGCAUCGUGUUCGCCAUGUCGGUCGUCUUUGCCCUGUGCAUGGCCCUGAUGACGUCGGCCACGACCCACGGCAUCUUUAGUGCCACACCAACGUAG